AUGGCAUCUCUACCACCACAGAAUGGCGCCGCUGCCAACGGCGGUAACGAUGACGAACCUCCCAAAAAGAAGCUCAAGACGCAUACCGAAUCGGCCGAGCAGUACAGCGAUGCUGUCAGACAUAAGAUGGCGCAGACAGCGCGAACAGGCCAGGCCUGUGAUCGUUGUAAGGAGAGAAAGAUGAAAUGUGACAAAGAUCCUGAAUGCUGUGGGCCAUGCAGACAGAAGGGCUUGGACUGUCUCAGCACUGAUAGAGUCACUGGUCAGUCGCGACGACGAGGCGAUGAAGGAGAAAUGCGACGACUGCGCGAAGAACUAGACCAAUACAGGGCACGGUACGGUCCUUUGAACGCGCACGCCUCACCGCGAAAGUACACUGUGGACGUCCCUCCGAGACCACAGGGAGCCCGCCAGAACGACACAAAGCGGUCUCCUCGCACAGGACCAUUGCGCAAAGGACCCAUGAAUAUGACCGUGGUAGAUCUGGCAGAUGGCGAGACGAUCGACGUGGCAGACUUUGACUGUGAGUCGAUGCGAGAACCAGCGCCAGAUGAAAUCCUCUUCAAUGCGUCCGGAACAUCCAUUAAGAAUACGAUCAUCGGCUUCCAGGAAAUCGGUCGUUUUGCCCUACCGUCGAAGGAAGCCGCCUUAGAGAACACCAAUUUCAUCAUGGAGAUCAUGGUGCAAUACUUUCCAGUCGUUCAUCGUCCGAGUUUCCAGGCUUUGGUGGCCCGAUUGUUCGAUAAGCCUGACACAAUUAGCAUGGCCGAGCGGGUUCAGGUAUACAUGGUUCUCGCUAUCUUCCAUCAGCAAGUCGCUGUCCGGAACGAAGAAAAGGCGGCGGAAAACUACGAGAAGAGUCACCAAUUUCUACAUUAUGCCCUCGGUCAAUGGAGGCAUUUGUACGUCGACGAAACCCUGGAAGCCAUGCAAGCCUUGGCACUUAUCAUCUUGUACAUGCGGAACCUACCAAAACCUGGCAUUGGCUGGAAGCUGGGCAAGCAGGUACUGUUCCGCGCCACCGACCUGCAGUACCACCGCAAUCCGGACGAGAUCGAGCUGCCAAAGCAUGAGCAGAACGCUCUCGCGAAAGAGCUCCGCAUGCGCAUUUACAAUGCGUUGUUGGUUUUUUGCAUGAGUACGGUCUGCCGAUUUGGACAGCCAGCAGAUUGGCAGGCUAGUGCAUGGCAACUGCCAAUAGACCUGGAGGUUGUCUUACCUGUCGAAACACUGGAUGGUGAGAUCUCGGUUGAUGGCCUGGCUGCUGUACGUAGCGGUCAAUGCGAUUUCCACCCAGCACGGCAUCUGACUAUGCAAGUUCCGCUACUUCUGGAACUGUACAACCGCAUUCUAGCUGUUCGUCUUCCUGCACAAGAGUAUCUGGAAGCUGUGAACUCGCUGAACGGCAAAAUUGAAGCCUGGCGGCGCGACUGGGACAAGGCUAUGGAGAGACAGGGUGAGAAGCACAUCAACCUCGACGUUGCAUCUCUCUUGAUGGAGCAGUGGACAGCAGAACUUGGUCAAGGCUUCACAGAACACUUCCAAGAGAUGUGCAAGGAGCUCAAUGCGUGGGACCGUGUGUGGCAGGCGGCGGAUAAAGGUCUCAAGUCUGGAAAGCACUUGCGGGACAAUUUGUCGCCACGAGCACAGCGUCUGGAGACGGAGCAUCGACAGGUCAUGGCCAGAUUUUCGAACCCGACUACCGAAACGUUUGCGAGCGUGAACGGCACGCCACAGACCUCACACCGCGCGUCGUUGCCGGGGGUCCAACAGGAGCCUACACCUAGCCCUCAAUCCGUGCAGCAUGGGCAGAUUGCUGGCCGUCCUGCCAGUAUGCCGUCGACGUACAACACUGUCCCGUCGGCGAUCCCUACCCCAAUGGUCAUGACACCACCGCAAAGCAACGGAUCUGCUUACGCUCUCCCGUACACACCAGCAUCAGCCGGACAGAAUUACACCGCCUACCCGCAGCAAGCCUCCAUACCUGCUCCAGGUCAUACUCAGGCGAUGACUCAACAGCACCUACAGCCAUCGUUCCCACAGCAGAUACCCACAUCAAUGGCCACAAUCCUGAACGGCCCGCAAGCUAGCUAUCAAGGUUACGACACGGCUCUUGCUGCGCCUACCACAACAACUGAUGGAACCAUGAUCGAUUUCGUGCCGUUGAUGCCAGAACAGUACUAUUUCCACCCUGACGGAACUAUGGCGUGGCCUCAGAUCUCGAUGCCUCCAAGAACCCAGCCAGCACAACAGCUACGAUAG